AGUCGCCACUACAUUUGGCUGGGUACUUUCUGAACCCCUACUAUUAUUAUCCAAACAAGGUUGUGAUAGAGAGGGAUGGAUCAUUUAGAGCAGCCGUGGUCCAUUGCAUCACAAGGAUGAUUGAAGAUCAAAAAACUCAAGAUGAGCUUAUUGAUGAACUCGACAAAUACGAGGCGGAGGAAGAUUCAUUUGGAAUGGACAUUGCUGUACGACAGAGAAAAAGGAAAAACUUUUCUCCAGCAAAAUGGUGGCUGAAUUAUGGCACAUGUGCACCCCUGUUGAAGGACUUGGCAAUGAAGAUUUUGAGUUUGACAUGUAGCUCCUCAGCUUGUGAGAGAAAUUGGUCAGCAUUUGAACAAGUUCAUACAAAGAAACGCAGCAGGCUACUCCAUGAUAGGAUGAGUGAUCUUGUAUUUAUCAAGUUCAACUCUAGGAUGAAGCAUAAGAGAGAGAACAAGAGUAGAGACCCAAUAGAGAAGACAAUCGUUGAUGUUCUUGAGGACGAGGAUAACGAGUUCAUCACCGGCAUUGUUGGAAAUGAUAAUGUUGUUGAACAUGUUGGUGAUGAAGAUCAAACUCAACAAGAGAGAGCUUCAACAUCACAAGAACAAGGGAAAAAGAAGAAGAGGCCUACUGCGCCCCCUAGAAAGAAGAGGAAGAAGAGCUUGCAAUCUCUCCUUAAUAGUGUCGAUGAGGAAGCUAUACUUUCUGCCUCUUCCAAUUCUUCUUCGUCGGAAUCAGAAGAUGAGUCUCCCUCGGCCCUUGCUGACUCGGAUUAAUUGCAUGGUUGGGUGUACCACUUUUGUUGUUUCAAAGUGUGCUGGUGGUAUGUCGUUAUGUUGCUAUGUCAAGUUAGUUGGCUGAACUUAUAAACCGGACCAUCUCAUGUUGUUGAUGUACCACUUUUGUUAUUCAAAGUGUGCUGGUGGUAUGUUGCUAGUUGCUAUGCCAAACUUUGCUCUAUUAUGUAAUGAAUUGAACCAUCUCCUGAUAUAUGUCCUUAUUAUGUAUUGUACUAUAUGGGGCUGUUCUUUGCAUUAUGACUAUGAGUUUAGGACUUGCUGCUAUAGUUUAUGAACUGCACUAUGUUAUGUGGCUGUUUGCAUGAGUAUGGUAGGAACUACAUAAUACAGUAUCAUUUUUCUAUUAACUUGGCUGUAUGCUAGUUGAUAUAUGUCCAUUUUCAAGUAUAUAUAUGUCAAGUUGAUGACUGAUUCUAUGUUUAUUUUUUCAUUUUUUAUUGAUUUAUACUGAAACGCUAAA